GCCAAGUUCGACGGCUUUUCUUCUCAAUCUUCCGUGUGGAUUCGCCAUGAACGCCUCAUCCAUCCUGGACGCGACGCAGGGCGCGCUUCUCAACGGGAGCCGGACCCUGGCGGGCACCCUGGCCACCUUCUCCGGCAACGGCAGCGAGCUGGCGGUGACGGCGGACGGCAGCGGCGGCUCGCUGGUGCUGCUGCAGGAGGAGCGCAAGCUGCUGGUGAUGCGAGUGGUGCAGAUCGCCGUGCUGUGCGUGCUGUCGCUCACGGUGGUCUUCGGGGUCUUCUUCCUGGGCUGCAACCUGAUGAUCAAAUCCGAGAGCAUGAUCAACUUCCUGGUGAAGGAGCGCCGCUCCUCCAAGGACGUGGAGACCGGCAUGAUCGGGCUCAGCUAGAGUGGAUCCGAGUUUGGGCGCUGGAGGAGGGGUUGGCGGCGUGGGGGUGGGGGGUCUGCAUUUGCAUGAAUUUAUGAGAGAUUUCUCCAAGUUACCCCCCCUAAUGAGGAUUUAGAUAUGCAACAAGAUCACGCUUCCUUCCUUCCUUCCAAGACUCUAAAGUUUGUGCGUAAAACUUGUGCGUAAAAGGAGCCAAUACGUUUACGCGUGACUCCGAGUGUUUGAGGGGGGGUGAAUUAAAAAAAAAAAAAAGAAGAAAAAAAAAAGCCAACUUGAACAAAAAUGUUUACAAGAUGUUACCUCACGUUUGUACUUUCUGUAAAAUGUAUUUUAAUGAACGUUCUUUAUGGAGUGACGCGCGGCUCCUGUUUGGCAUGCCGGCUGCUUUGGUGUGUUAACAAGUCAUUCCUGGAAUCUGUUUUGCACUUUGAGGUAAAAAAAAAAAAAAAAAAAAACAGUUCAUAAAUGCUGCAUGAAGUCUUUUUUGUACCAAAAGAGCAACGAUUAAAAAAACAACAACAAAGAGCACACUAAACUCUGUCUUAUGGAUUCAUUAUAAAUACUGAACUAAAAAUGUUUAUUUAUUUUGUAAAGGCAAUAUUCUGCACCUUAUUUGGUAAAUGCAACAUUCUUUCUGUAAAUA